AACUAAGUGUGUGUUUGGUGUGGCCAUUUUUAUACAUUUCUAUUCCAUCUUUCAGCCUUUCUUUUUACGAGCUUUUGUUUACGGCCGCUUGGUGCUUAUUCGGGGCUUGCGAAGAGCGUUGUUAUACUGUGAGAGGGAACUUCUAGACAAUGGCUGAAGCUUCAUUUCGUGACGCUGCAACGGCGCUGCCAACUUCGGCGCCCUCGGCUGCUUCCGAUGCCAGCGACCAGCAGCCAAAGAAGUUUCCCAAGGGAGUCGUGCUGGGCAAAGAUGGCAAGCCAUGCCGAAGCUGCACCUCAUUUGCUGCAUGGGCCACGCAGGCCAAGGAUCAGACCAAGAAAGACGCAACUGCCGGCAGCAGAGCCGUAUCCACAACGGCUGUCGCCUCGGGCCCUCCAGCCGACUGUCCGCCAGACGUCGAGACCCUUGGACGGAGCACCUGGACGCUUCUUCAUUCCAUAGCGGCCUCGUACCCGGAGACGCCCUCGCAGACGCAGCGUUCUGACCUGUUGAGCUUCGUGGGACUGUUCUCUAAGCUGUAUCCGUGCUGGGUCUGCGCCGAGGACUUCCAGGGCUACAUGGCGCGGCAGAAACCACAGGUGAAUUCCCGCGAGGAGUUCUCGCAGUGGCUCUGCCGCGCGCACAACGACGUGAACAAGAAGCUGGGCAAGCCCCAGUUUGACUGUUCACGCUGGGAUGAGCGCUGGAGGACGGGCUGGAAGGACGGCCGCUGCGACUGAUGGAGAGGCGGCGGCGGCGGCGGCGGCGGCGAUGUUGGUUUUGACUGUACGAGUACCUAUGAUUAGACGGCAAGGAAGAAGAAGAAGAAGAAGAAGACAAAAACACAACAAGAGGCGAAGUCUGCAGCAAGUGCAUGCAGCAGUGUACGAUUGUGAGCGAGGUCGCUUCAACUCAAUUAAUUGGCAGCAUAUACCGACGGCGUUAUUUUCGAAAAUCGUUGGGAAUAGGGGCAAAAUAGAUAGACAGACGGGGUGUCGUGUUGAGCAUGGUACGAGGACGGGAUGCGUUAUCAUGCAGGCGUGUCAGUGUGCGCGCGCAUGGCAUGGUGGUGAGAGCCUCCAAGGGCAAAGCAUGCCACUGCGUCUGGGAGAAAACUCUUCACUCAAUGCCUGGGACGGGCGUGGCCUAUCGAAGCCAGUCAACUUAUCAAUUCCACUAUUCUGCACCUCAUCAAAGUUUCCAGAGUACCGUGAUCUGAUCGGUGGUUGAAACAGAC